AUGGGGAGUUGCAAUCCUUCUGCGCCAGGAGUAGAAAGGUGUAUCAUCAUGGGGAGUUGCAAUCCUUCUGCGUCCGGAGUAGAAAGGUGUAUUGUCCUGGGGAGUGGCAAUCCUUCUGCGCCCGGAGUAGAAAGGUGUGUCGCCAUUGGGAGUGGCAGUCCUGCUGCAUCAGGACAAGAAAUACGUAACGCCCCGAACAGUGGCAGUCCUCCUGCGCCCGGAGUAGAAAGGUGUAUCGUCAUGGCAAGUGGGAGUCCUCCUGGGCCCAGAGUAGAAAGGUGUAUCGCCAUGGGAAGUGGGAGUCCUCCUGCGCCCAGAGUAGAAAGGUGUAUCUCCAUGGGAAGUGGCAGUCCUCCUGCGCCCGGAGUAGAAAGGUGUAUCGCCAUGGGAAGUGGCAGUCCUCCUGCGCCCAGAGUAGAAAGGGUGUACAGUCCUGAGCAGUGGCAGUCUUCACAUAGACAAAAUACCAUCACGGUUAUUUAUGAUGUAUCAGUAUAG